AUGUUGGGCUGCGAAGGUGGUAAAAAGCCCCUGAAACAGCUCAAGAAGCAGGCCAAGGAGGUGGAUGAGAAAGAUGAGGCUUUCAAGCAGAAACAAAAAGAGGAGCAGAAGAAACUCGAGGAGCUAAAAGCCCAGGCCGAGGGCAAGGGACCCCUGGCCACAGGUAGAAUUAAGAAAUCUGGCAAAAAGUAAGCUGUUCCUCAUAUUGGAGAUGAUGGUGACCCUCUUCCAUUC